AAGUUGACACUUCCUCUGCCGUCUCUGACUUACGAAGUAUCCAAAUGUGCAUGGUGCAACAUUUUAAUCAUUGUUAGAACAUUAGAUAAAUGUGUCUGCUGGGGCACAAGAGUAUGUUCUGCCAUGAAUUACAAAAAUGAGACUUCAUUUUGCUACUGCUUUCACUAAACAUUGGAGGCAGAGUGCUCGUUCACUACGCAAGAUAAAAGAAUUGGAUUCUGUUUCUUCCAAAAAGUACUACAAAAUUGAGGAGGGAGUUUUAAACAGAAUAAGAUAUCUAUUAGCUGAGUUUCCUAGGGUCAUGAUGGAUGAGAGUCUACACAAACAGUCUGACAUGGUACCACCAGAGACUGUCAAAGGCAUGACAGUUUUGUCGAGAGAGGCUUUCACAAAGAAAGUAAAAAUUCCAUGUCUGAAGAUUGCCAAAAAAAAGCUUGCACCGACUGAGAAAUUCUGGAAGCCUUUGCAGUUAAGGUGUAGAGGAAUCAAGCCUAUUGCAGCUCUUGGAGACAGCGAUCCACUGAGCAGCACACACAGCCUUUUAUUGCUGGAUCCAGAGAAAGUAGCAGCCAAACCUCUGUCAGAGGAGGCAAUAGGGGCCUUGGACCUGGAGAAUGGAGAACUCAAGGACUUUGAGAUUGAAUUCUCUUAUGAGAAUUGGUCUGUUCCUGAUAUCAUGAGGGCUGUUCUCCCUAGCGACGCAGACAAUGUUUCCUCUUUCACUCAGAUCGGUCACAUUGCACAUCUUAACUUAAAGCCAGAAUCAAGCCCUUUUAAAAGUCUUAUUGGCCAAGUCAUUUUGGACAAGAUUCCCACUGUAAAGACUGUGGUGAACAAGCUCAAUGCCAUCGACAACACUUUCCGUAACUUUCAGAUGGAACUGCUGGCUGGUGAGGAGAACUACGUGGCGCAGCUGAAGGAGCACAACUGCACGUUUGAGCUGGACUUCUCCAAGGUCUACUGGAACUCCAGACUGUCUACAGAACACAAUCGUGUGGUCAGCUCUGUGGAACGGGAAAGUAUUGUCUACGACGUGUUUGCGGGUAUUGGACCUUUUGCCGUACCUCUGGCAAGGAAACGAAGGUGCACUGUGUUUGCCAAUGACUUGAACCCUUCGUCGUUCCAGUACCUUCGGAGGAAUGUGGAGCUCAAUAAGAUCACUCUAGGCCAUGUACACACAUACAACUUGGAUGGUCGAGAGUUUAUCAGGACUGUUGUCAGAAAGGAUUUGAUGACGAGAAUUCUCAACGUGUCUGAAGUGAACAGUGAGAAAAAUACCAGUAGUUCUGAAGUGGUCUCUGAUCAAGCUGAUGCAUCACAGCAAACAGUGACACAGUGUGAGACUUUGUCUUCUGUAACAGAGACACACACUGUCAGUAAUCAGAAGGACACCUCAUCGUCAUCACCAUCAACUUAUGUGAUAAUGAAUCUUCCUGGGUUAGCAGUAGAGUUCCUCGAUGCUUUCAACUCCCUUCUCAGUGACUUGCCUCCUGCAGUGGUUUCCCGGACAGACCAGUGGAUGAACGUCCUGCCCACUGUCUUCUGCUACAGUUUCACUCCCAAAACAGAGGACAUGGAGGUGGAGAUGAGGUCGAGGGCAGAGACAGCUCUAGGGAGGCCUCUGCCUCAGGAUUUCUCUGUGAGGCUCGUUCGUAAUGUCGCUCCUAAAAAAGAGAUGGUGUGCCUGACAUUCAAGUUGUGGCCAGAUUUGGUGCUGGGUCAAUCAGAGGACAGGGCGGAACAAAAUGGAAAGAUUGAGAGUCGGAAUGAUGAUGAGCCAGACAGCAAAAGGCCGAAACUAGCGUCGUGACCUGGGCUAACGGUCCAGAGAGAAAGGGAGCUAUAUCGAGAGGAUGUGUUGUGUGUUCAUGCAUUUUUAAAAGUGCUUGCUGUACGAAUGAUAUGCUGUUGUUCAAAUUUGAUGUCUGUCAUGUGUUUUAAUAGCAAAUUUUUAGUGUAUUCCAUUUCGUAUGGUACAUUAUUUAUCUGUUUUGUGAUUAAUUUGUAGUACAAGUACUACCGUUGCAUAUUUGUUUUGUUUAGUACAUAUAGCUAAAGUCCUGAUCAUUUGUGAGAUGAUUCACACAGGUUGUUUGUUGAUUGCUAUGCAGCAAUGACUGUUUGUUCAUUGUUUUAUCAAAGUGAUCUGGAAUUGUGUUCUCUGCUGAUAUCUAAAUAAAACGAACUGCACAUAUAUA